GUAGUGAACGAUCGCUGGGAAGUGGCCUUGGGCCUCACAGACGGCUCCGGCUUCCAGCAGGCGAAGGGGCCAGCAGCGAUCCAGCCAUUGAAACAGGUGAGCUUUGUGAAUUCCAUCAACACCUCCCGUGGUGGGACGCACGUCUCGUAUAUCACCGAUCAG